GACCAUGCAUUUUAAUAUAUUCCUAGCCACAACAGUGACCAAUUAUACCCUAUUAUUCAAAUAUUGAAGCCUAAUGGCUGUGAUUUUGUAAUGACUUAGUCGUAUCCCAUUAAUACCUAAUGCAGAGAUUACUAGAUUAACAUCAUUGAACAAUAUGAUACUAGAACUCUAGAUGAUACCAUGAGAUGUUCGACUGGCCACAGACUAACCUUAUAAUGUAUAUAAGGAAUCGACAAAGGAUGAUGCCUCAGAACCACCAGUCACUGUAACCAAAUAAUAGAACCUUCGCUUGACACAUCCCAAAUAUUAGCAGCUUUGGAAUCAUGUUCCCCAAAAUUGGAACCUUGUAGUGAUGACUUCCCAUUAUCGCCAGGUUUUGAAUUAUUUCCCAAAACAAUGGAACCUCGGAGUGACGCCACCUAUAUAUCAUCUACUACUCCAACAGAUCCCCAAAUAAUGGCAUCCGAGAGUGAUGAUGCCCCAUUGUCAAUCAUCAGCAAAACAGGUAACCAAAUAGUCGAACCUCAGAGUGACAAUGUGCCGAUAUCAACAGCUACUGUAAAAUAACCUCAGAUAAUGAAUCCCAUGAAUGUCAACGCCUCAAUGUCACCAUACACCGAAACAGGCCAUCAAAUAAAGGAACCCACUACUGAUGGUCCCCAACUAUUCCCACCCACAGAAAAUGAUCCCCAAGUGUCUCAACAUACAAGAGCAGAUUCCAAAACAAUAUCCAAGCAAGGUAUAUCAGUUUCCCCCAAAAUAAAGCCGAGUGUGAGUGAUACAAAUACUUUCAAUGAAUCAGACAAUGAGCCACUUGCUAACCUGCUAUAUCAUGAUAUAGAAUCACCUUUAGAUGACUCUUAUAAUGAUUCAGACUACGCCCACCAAGGUAUGACUCAUCAGAUUCAUCAUCAAAUUCAUCUGAGCUGAUAGAUAUGGAGCUUUCAGAUGAGGAAAUUGAAGCCUACAAACCUCAUCAUGAACCAAGAACCAAUAUGAAACGAAGGAAAAUAGAACAUCAGACAAAGACAUACUCGAUUAAAAGACACAAAUGUGUCCGUACGCUGAAACAACCUAACAGCCCAGGCAGAACAGAC